AUGAGCGCCGACGAGAGUGAAGAUCCCAGGCCUUUGGCUCCCUCAAACGGCGAGUCUCACAUAGAGUCUGCUGCGACCGCGACCCCAGCCAAGAGGAAGCGUUCAACCCAAGAUGAUAGACCAGCGGUUGAGUCUACUUCAUCGACAUUGCAUGACAGAAGCAACCUGCAUGAGACUCUACGAAACCUUGUUGGCCUCUUGCUAAAGCAUGACACCGAACUCCAGCUUCUAUCAUGUCCCUUUCCCACGUCGACAGCCAAACCCCGGGUUAAGCGAGCUAAAACUUCGGGGGAUCAAGAUACAUCAAAUAUUCGGACCCGAGUCGAGUCAAGUCACUACAAUACUCUGCAGGAAUUCUUGGCCGACAUCGAGCGAGCAUCUGCUGCGGUGAUUGAGCGCAAUCAGAACCAGACAAAUGGAACGAAGCCCGAAGGCUCCGCCUUAACAGAGGUGGUCAAUCUCAUCGCAGCCUUCAAGAAGCAUAUGAACACUCUCGUCGGGCAAUCUUUUGUCAAUCAGUCUGACAUCAAAGCCGAAUACCCAGAUGAGGAUGAUGAGCAGCUACUGUCCCUCGUUUCAAAUUCAGGGGCUCGUGAGGAUAAACAGGCUUUGACUAUGUUUGGUGGAAACCAAUCGCAACCUAAACAGUUGUUCUCUAGUUUGCAAAAAUCGGUUCAAGUGCCACUGCAGUCUGAGUCUGGUGCGGAGAAGGUUGUUGAGGUACAAGAGCAACUUCGCGAGGGGGGUCUGCCUAAUGGCAUCGCAACUACUCGGGUAGUUCCAUAUAAUUUAGAGUCCGCUGAAGAUAAGCCCAAGAGGACAUUUGGUGACGUCUUCGCUCCUCGGUCUGGUUUGCCGCCUGCUGAGCCCAGGAAACGGCGCCGAAGCACAGCAGUCUCUUGGAUCGACCCAUUUGAUCUUGUCCUAGACGUCAAUAAUUUCUCGGGCGAAAGCAACAACUACAGUUUUGCGACGCUGCCAGCCACGCAAUGGUUGCAAUAUGGCGGUGUUUCAUCCUCAUCGUCAUAUUGGUCUCGUGUUGAAAAGCAUAACGAAGAAUCAGGCUUUGUGUCAAGACACGAGGAUCCAGCGCUGUGGACCGAUGAUGAAUCUGCUAUUUUGCAAGGAGUUUAUUCCUCGUUCGCUCCGUCUUUCGACAGUUCCAAUGCCGUCAUACAGGCUGACUCAAAGAAUCUAGUUUGGUGGGGGCAGCGAGGAGCAAGGCGCUUACGUACACUUCUCUCUCUUCCAUAUCCAGAAAAUGGACUAGAGGACAGUUCAAGAGAAGUGGACGUUGAAGCCAUCGAUAAAAUGGAUGAGAGCUUCCUUGAUGAGGUGGCCGAAUCGCUGAAGCCGAAGGACUAUGCAGAAUAUCUUGCUCAAACAGAGCAAACACCUAAAGCGGAACCAGAAUCAAGAGAGAUCGACGAUGUCCUUGCGGAGGUUUCCAACCUGCUUGAAACACUUGCUUCAUAUCAAAAUAUUCGCCGAACUACACUGCCCUCAGAUGAUGAAAUUUCCGAAUCGAAUGAAAGCCCUGCGCCAGAAAUCAACGAUGCAGAAACCCCGUCAGAUGAAGAGAGAGCUGUUUAUGAAGACCUCAAGUCCAAGCUUGUUGCCAUUAUUAGCAACCUUCCUCCAUACGUUGUCGCCAAGGUCAACGGUGACCAACUAGCAGAAUUAAACAUCAGUCAAAAGAUCAUCAUUGACAACCCCGACUGGCAAGGCACCAUGGAAAAAGAUGACUACUCCCUUCAACAGGAUCGUGCGGCAGCCAUCGCUGCCCAGACCAACGCUGCCAAUCGUGCCUCGACACCGUCGUCUGCCCGACCUGCCAACUACCAAGCUCCCCACUCUGCGUACAAUCAGCGUGCGUUCAAUGCAAACGCCCGUGUCUCUCAAACACCGAGUGGAUUCCCAACACCGCAGCCAACUCGACAACCAUCAACGGGCGGCUCGUUUCCUCCUGGUUAUACUGGGGGUCGACCACCAAGCACUCCUUCCCAACGUCCCGGAUCCAGUUCGCAAUUUCCGCAGGCCAACCCACAGUACAACCAGGCCAGCAAUGUACCACAAUUUCAGCGACCUACACCCAAUGGGUAUACACCCCAGCCUUACUCACCAAGGCCUGGUCAACCCGCUCAAUAUGGUACACCACAAGGGCGUACCCCGUCCGCUUCAGCACCUUCAGCUUCCGCUCAACGGUACCAGCAGUACGCUACCCAGACACCCUCACAGGGAUACUUGAACAGCGCUGCCGCCGCGGCAUAUGCUAGAAGUGCCGCAGACCAGAGCGCUGUAAACAAAACACACCUGGCAGCUCAAGCCCGACAAAGUCCCUCCACACCUCAACCACACUAUGAAGCUCGACAAUCACAGGAAGGGAGUUUGACACCAGGGAAACAGAAUGGGACCCCCAUUCAGUCAUAG